AUGGCUAACGGCAAUUCAGAUGCUUUUCAUUGCCACAAUAGAUUUGAGAAUGAGCCAAUUGCUAAUGAAAUAAGCAAGCGUGCUACCAGAGUGCUGUGGUUGUCAAUUGGAGUUUGCUUAUUGUUUAUGAUUUGUGAAGUUAUUGGCGGUAUAUGGGCUCAGUCACUAGCUAUCAUUACUGAUGCAGCGCAUCUUUUAACUGAUUUAGCGAGCAUGCUAAUUUCUUUAUUUUCAAUUUAUAUUGCAAGCCGUCCCGCUUCACAAAGAAUGAGUUUUGGAUGGCAUAGAGCAGAAGUAUUUGGCGCCUUUGUAUCAAUAUGCCUUAUUUGGGUUGUUACUGGAAUUUUAGUUUAUCUAGCGAUUGACCGUAUGAUAACAGGAAACUAUGAUAUUGAUGCUACUAUAAUGAGUAUAACCGCUGCAAUUGGAGUAGGAGUGAAUUUCAUAAUGGGCUUUCUGCUUUAUUUUGGUGGACAUUCUCACUCACAUAACGGAACAACACACGCUCACGAAAAUGGUGGUAGACGUAGAAAUGAGAUUGAUUCUGAGUAUUCGAAUGUUGACCCUAAUUUUUCUGAGGAGGAUGAACGAUUUCCUCUCGUUCAACCAAACAUCAACGACGAAACAAAAUUACAUUCUGUCAAUCAAGCAAAUAUUAAUGUGCGUGCUGCCUUUAUUCAUGUUUUAGGUGAUCUUAUACAAAGCUGCGGGGUACUUUUUGCCGGUCUAAUGAUCUUCUGGAAGCCAAGUUUGCAAAUACUUGAUCCAAUAUGCACGUUGGUUUUCGCAAUAAUUGUUCUUAGCACAACAAUUUACAUUGUUCGUGAUGCACUUGUUGUUUUGUUGGAAGGCCGACCCUCGAAUAUCGAUUUUAGAUUGGUUUUCGAUGCUUUGGAAAGGAUUGAUGGGGUCAAAAAAGUGCAUGAUCUUAGAAUUUGGGCGUUGACAAUGAAUAAAGUGGCGAUAUCUGUACAUUUGGAAAUUGAUCCAAGCGCUGACUCACAAAAAAUACUGAAAGCAACAACAACAAUGCUUAGGCGAGAUUUUAAUGUUCAUGAAUCAACUGUGCAGAUUGAAGGUUAUAAGCCUGAAAUGGAAAAUUGUCAUCAAUGUGUUAUCCCUCCAAAAUAA